UAGCUUGGCCCCAACUGCGCCGUCCAGGAGUAGCAACGCUAGCAUAGCCUCACCCGAGUCGACUUUCCUCUGCGCAGACCCUCAUCACGAUCCUAUUCUGGCGGCACAAACGUUACCGGUCAUCAGCCUCCGGAAGACAUCUAAGCAUAGUAUUAGGCGUGCUGGACAUUGGUACUCACAUAAUGAAGCAAAGUCCACAGCUACCAACUACGACAAUAAUACUCUGCCAAGCCAUCAACACAUCACACCAUCUCCGGCACUAGCUUUGGAGAUCAUACUUCUUGAGACCUCUAUACUACCCGACAGCAAACCAACAGAUACGCCAACGACUUCCCCAACUUCCGCCACAUCCGUACUGGAGUCCGACUCUUUACAAGAUCAGCCGCUCACAUCUGGUUAGCCGCCUGGUAACUUUCCUACCAGACCGACCUUUACACCCAUUGUGACCCUUCUUGCGACGCCCAACAUGACCACAACCGAAGCACCAACGUCCACAACCAACGCAUUGUCCGUGCUUCUGUCCGCCGUGCCAAGCGAUGUCGCCGCAAGCUUCGAGUCUGCUUUUGACAGCCUUACAUCAAGGCUGCUCGCUGCAAGCUCACACCAAGCGAGUUCAACAACGACGACAUCGAUAUCCGCAACAACAACGCAGAGCAACACACCAUCAACCACGCCAACGAUCUUGUCGAUUAGUUCAACAGAGUCGUCGCUCUCCUUAACACCAACACCCUCCACCUUCUCGACUGUGUCCAGCCGCCUGACUUCGUUCUCAAGCACGGCUCCACCUACCACUAGCGUGACUACAGCGAGCACCAAUGGUGGCCAAUUGAAGAAUGCUUCAAUAGCUGGGAUAGCGACAGGUGUCGCAGCUGGCGCGGUGCUACUCAUCUUGGCUGGCGCAUACCUGUUCCGCAGACGGCAACUAGGCAAGCCAUUGUUCGGGCGUGGUGGUUCGCGGCGAUCAAAUGGUAGUGGGGGCAAACGUGUCUUCCCGGAAGUUGCAUGGCUCUACGAUCCACGAAUGUCACCACGCCAGGGUUCACCGACGCGCGAGGUGGAAGAGAGGGCAGGCCUGGCACAUGCGUCACACAGCCGAAACAACUCCAGCUCAAGCAUGAAUCAUAUUCCCGAGCCCAGAGAAGGAGUGGCAGAACUAGCAUCUGCGCCCGCGUCUCCACAGCUGCAUCCACGGCCAACUAGUCCCUUAUUAGCACCUGCUGCUCCGUACGUCCGGGGUCAGAGUCCGCAAGGGAGACCACGAAGCGGUAGUGCCAGUCCGAGGAGGAGCGGAAGCAGUAGUCCUGGUGGUCGGAGGAGUAGAAGCUCGUUUGGCGCAAGUCGGACCGAUCUGUCGCGGCCGAUGAGUGCCAUCUACGAGGAGCCGCCACGACCGAGUGUAGAUGCAAGGCAGGGCUUGUUGGCACCGGAAAGCAUCAAUACGCAGCGGCAUUCAGCUUGAUCGCAUGUUGUUGGGGAAUCUGAGCGAUUUAGCGAGGAGUUUGGCGUUGCAAUGCCUUUGUAUCCCAGCAAGUGUGGCUACGGGUAGUAG